AUUUAGACAAUCUGGCGUCUCUUGUGCCAGUAUUGUUGUCAUUCUGUAUGCCCUAUAUUUCCAUCCUUAGGACAGCCGCAUGUUGCGUCACCACCAGCUGUGUGCAUUCGUGGAAUAAAGAUCCCGAUCCACUUGUGUCACAUGAAUCCAUAUGCUGUUUACUUACAGGACGUGCAGAGUAUACAACCGGACUGUUUUCAUCGACAAACACUAGACUUCGCGCGUGGAGAGACCCAUGCCUUUGGAUAACAUUGCGUUCAUGUGUCGUAUCGACUCUUAUUUAAGGAUUUAGACGGACUGAAUCAUUCUCUGUGGGUUGUUUUGUUGGUAAAAGAAGCUGACAUGUCGAUUGAAAAACAAAGCGUGUCCGAGGAAAACCUUCAGGGUUCCUGGGUGGAGCUGCAUUUUAAUAAUGGAGGAGGCAGCACUCCUAAAGGAGCUUCUGAGGAACAGUCUGCCAGCACCGCCCCAAGCGGAGACCUGGAGAAGAUGCUGCUGGAUGCUCAGCACGAGUCGGGCAGGAGCAGCUCCAGAGGAAGCCUGCCAUGUGAGAGUCCUCCAAGAUCUCAGACUCCUUCACACUUGCGCAGGGGCUCCGAGGUCCACAGCUCUGGAGAAAAGGACAACUCACAGUCAGAAGAAGACUAUUUGGAGAGGAGAAGAGAGGUGGAGAUCCUGAUGAAGAAAAAUGCAGACUGGAUCUGGGACUGGUCGAGUCGACCGGAAAACCUGGCGCCCAAGGAGUUUGUGCUGAGGCACCCGAAGCGUUCCAGCACCCUCAGCAUGAGGAACACCAGUGCGAUGAAGAAGGGAGGAAUCUUCUCAGCAGAAUUCCUCAAAGUUUUCCUGCCCUCUCUUGUCAUUUCGCACAUCCUUGCUGUGGGUCUCGGGGUGUACAUCGGACGGCGCUUUACUACUUCUGGCACCUUUUGAGGGAGCAGGAAAAGCCAAGAAACGAGACAAAUCUCAUAUAUGCACAUCCGCCAUCUUAGCUGCUUUAUCGUGAAUCAGUGCUUGUGUAGACGCAGAUAGGACGAGGUCACGUGACACACUUCCUCGCUUCCCCCUUGUGUAUUCCACUGGCCUUUCCCAUAGUUCCUCCCCAAUAAUGCCAGUCCUUUCCAGGGUCAUCAGCACAGGGAAGGCCAUGCUAGACUUGAUAGAAUUACAUGUACUGCAUCCUCAGAAUUUAGCAUUUACUUGAACCAAGACUACUGAGAAUAUUAUGAGAGGAUCAUAAAACAAAAGAUGGGAGAGAAAUAGGAGUUGAUCAUGAGAUCCUGGAUCUCCAGAGAUGUGGUACCUGACACUGCAGACUGUGAAUCUGAAAGAGAUAUAACUAUCUCCCUUGUAAUAAAACAGGGAAUUUACUUAUUUCUUAUGGUAUAUCUCAACAUUAGAUGGUAUAAACUUGUUUUGCCUUGUCACCAUUUCUCUGUAUCUUGAAGUUGCUUCUGUAUUUAUGAGGAGUCAGACUCCAAAAACUGACCUUUGCGUUGGGAAUCAAGCUGUUCACAGUAUUACACAACUAGAAUGGUUUUUGGUAAAUACUGGCCAAAAUGUUGAGUACUAUAUCAACACUUUUCUGAAUGUCAAUUGAAAUCACAAAUAUUUAUCUGAAGGGUACAGCCCAAAGAUCGCCUUAAAUAAAACUGUUAAUGAAUCAGGCAGGAGUAAAAGGGAAAUUGUGUAAACAUGUGCAUGUUUUGUAGUUUAAAAAAAAUCGUAUGUUAAGUGUAUGUGUCAAUUUCAUAGUGGUUUUGUAACAACAGAGGGAAUCAACAAAUAAAUGUCUGCCAAAUGUAAUGUGGAAUCUGUCUUAAUAUUGCAUAAGAUUUACAUUUGCACUAUAAUUUUAAACAGUAGUUAAAUAUACUUGCACACAAUUGUGACUUUAUGUGCCACUGAGCCACAAAGUUUUACACGUUUAUCAUUACAUAGCCACAUACAUUUAUAGAACUCUACUGCACAGACAAUAUGCAAAAUGCAAUAUUUCAAAGUUUGCUAAGGCCACCUGAAAUCAUUGGAAUAAGUGUCGGGCAGUGUGUCGAUUCAGAUAAACACAAUUAAAAUUUUAUUUAACUUUGGUCAAAAAUAAUCAAACAAGUGUACACUUUCACAAUGUUAGCAUCCUCAUCAUUUAACAAGGAACAAGGUCUGCGAGUACGUAUCCGACCUCUCAGUUCCCAGAUUUAAAGAGCGUCACAAUCAGCUAGAACAACUUUGUACUUGUCAACCGUUAAGUUACGUUUGACAUCUUGACAUCAGUUUUGCAGCCGCAUGUCAAAAUUCAGCAGCACACAAACUGUAUGUUGUCACCAGUUUCUUUAAACCGCAUUCUGAUGUGAGAUAAAUCAUUUUAGAUCAAAUUCCACACGGCAUACCAUUCUUGUGUGUGCAAGGAAUUGAGCACAAGGAGUAUCUCAACAUCAGGAUGUGAUCUGUUAACUUUGAUUGACUGGAGGAAAGCCAGUCUUGUCUCAAGAGGCACUGAACACAUUGGUUUCGAUUGGAGUGUUCUGUGAUGGCCGUCACCGACCGUACAAUAUAUCGUAUAUUAGUGUCCAAAUACUAAGCCGCACAAAUCGUAGCAGCACAUGAAUGGACAAAUGGAGUGCUAAAAUAAAAUAAAAAAACAAUGCAUGACGGCGAUGGGAUGUCGAGAUCUAGUCCUGGAGGUUACUGGGUGAGAAUUACUAUAGGACAGACAUACAGACAGACUUAAGGCGGAAGAAUCCCUUUUACGAAGUCAAAACGAAAAAUGUAAUCUCAAAAUGAAAACUCUACGCGAGACAGACGGCAAUACUGAUGCUUAUCAUGGCCAACGUCCUCAAUCAAACAGUGCAACUGCAAAUUCAAGUAGUACAAUAAGGAGAUUUGCUUCCCAACCAGAACAUUAUGAGGGAAUUACAUUUGGUUUGCUGUCUUUUUUUAAGACUCGUCCAACAUACAAGCAAUUGCUGUGUUCAAA